UCUUUGGUGCCGGAGCACCGUCGGUUCGGGUGCUAAUUUGAUAUCUGUUUGUCAAUAGUGUUUCGAUAGGAAAAACAACAGAUGAGUGCGCACGAGUAUUGGAUUUUACAAACUUAUUGAUGUGUUGGCGCCAGCCGCCUCAGCCAUGGCGCGGAAAAUGCUCAAAGCAUUGGCUCUGCUGUUAGCUGUUGGGUACUGCAGCUUAUUACUAUCCCAGCUUACGCAUCCUUUAAAAAUUGUGGAAAUUCGACCAGUACCGGAUCGGAUAGUGUCUAACUUAUUAUCAAACUUCACAUAUAAAGAAUCACCAGAUGAUACGAGCAUAGAAGACAGUGUAAAUAAAAACAUAAGUUUAGAAGACAUUUUUAUAAGUGUAAAAACAUCAAGACAUUAUCAGGCUUCACGGUUACCUGUCAUUUUGAAAACAUGGUUCCAGUUGGCGAAAGAACAGACAUGGUUCUUCACAGACGUAGACAAUCCAUUACAUCAAAAUCAAACAAAUGGCCACAUGAUAAACACGCACUGCCCGUCCUAUCAUCAGCCUAAACAUUUAUGCUGUAAAACGUCUAUAGAAUACGACCAUUUCCUUGACAGUGGAAAGAAGUGGUUCUGCCAUUUUGACGAUGACAACUACGUGAACAUACCUCGUUUGGUUACUGUCCUGCAAAGAUACGAUCACCGACUAGACUGGUACUUGGGCAGACAGUCUGUAAACAGGCCUGUUUACGUAAACUACCAAAAAAAGAAAAUUUUAUAUUUUAGAUUCGGCACUGGAGGUGCUGGUUAUUGUAUAAGCAGGAGUUUGGCUUUGAAGAUGUCACCUAUUGCAAGUGGUGGCAGAUUCAUGAGUGUCUGUGAAGGCAUAAGAAUGCCUGAUGACGUCGCUAUAGGCUUCGUCAUAGAGCAACUACUUAAAGUUAACAUCACGGAGGUGCCCGAGUUCCAUUCUCAUUUAGAGCAAAUGAAGUUGCUGCCACUGAACAAAUUGCGAGAUCAAAUCUCGUUUGGUUUCUUUUGGAAGAAGAAUUAUAAAGAUACAGUUAAUGCUGUUAAUGUACCAGGAUUCAGUGCAAGAUAUGAUCCUACUAGGUUCCUGUCACUACAUUGUUUCUUAUUUCCCUACUUCCAGUUCUGCAAACUCAUUAGAAGAUGAAAUUAUUUAGAUUCUUUAUAGGUCUUAAAUUUUAACGAAACAUCAAAAUUAAAUCUUCCAUAGAACUUAACGUGCAAUAUAUAAAGUUCAUAUUCGUAUCAAAAAAUUAAAUUAAAAAUGUUUAUUUUAUUACUUUGUUGACGAUUUUAUUAAGAAAAGAAUGUGGGAGUUAAAAAUGAAUGAAUCUUGUGAUCGCAGAAAGGGUGCACAAAUUAGAAAGUUGUACAAUCGACAAAUUUGAUUUCUGACCUACCAUAAACUUAAGUAUUUUAUCCUGAAAUACAUAAACACUUCUCGAUUUUAAGUCGAUAUAGUUCUGUCUCUACAAAUUCUUUGUAAAAUGACAGAGAUGGCACUAUAUUUAAGUGCAACCUAAAAUUGAGUAACCUUUCAGUAUUCUGGCGUUAUACCGACAUAUUUUAUACAGACUACCUCGUUAGCCAAGUGGUCGCAAGUGCGACUCAAGGCAAGGGGUCUCGAGUUCUAUUCCCGGGUCGGCUAAAGUAUUAAU